CCUACUGGACUGUGCACAGCCUAUCUGAGGCCUAUACGAUCCUUCGUGCGAGGAUUCGAGCGGGUGUGGAGAGGAGAGAGCGGCGGGAGGUGGCUGCCGUGCGCCCCACCACCGGCCAGGAUGGGGCAGCUGGGUACCAGGAGGGCGGGGUACCACUGCCCGGUCAGGUAGUGGUGACCUACCUGGAUACCCAGCUGACUACCCUGGCACGGUCGCUCGACGCCCGCCGGGGUGGGAGUGUGGUCGAGGGCCCCAGACGGGGGCCCUCGACCCCCUCCCACCCCGAGAAACCCGUGUGGACCGUUGACAGCUGGACGCCCGACAGUACCAAUAAACAGAGAAGUCUGAACAGCAGCAGCAGCAGCAGCGGCGAGACUGACAGCAGUUCCGGUGACAGCUUAGGGAGCACAACGGGCAGCGCUGGAAGCCUAGGCUGCGGGCAGAGCUGGAUGCGACCAGACACAUCUGCGGGCUGCUGUUCCUGCCUGUGUCCCGCCUCGCGGGCAUCAUCAGCCGUCGAUCAUGACAACGAAGUGGUGGUCAUGCCCGCUAGUGCCCGCCUGGCCAUGCCCCGGCGGGCACGCCUCCUCAAUGCCCUGUCUCUUAAGGAAGACAACGCGCGCUUCCUGCUGCUGGCGCUGGUACUGCUGAUCUACAUGGUGUUAGGGGCGCUCGUCUUCCAGGCCUUCGAGGAGGAGAACGAGAGGCGGGAGAGGGCGAGACUCCAGCAGCAGUUCACCCUCCAGACGCAGAAGAUGCUGGACGACCUCGAUCGCAACAACGUGAGCAUGGCUGGGGUCCAGGAGCUGAUGUACGCCUGGGGGAACAUGUCCCACGGCGGCAUGCCGGACUCCCGCAGGCUCUGGGACUUCGCUGGCAGCUUCCACUUCGUCUACACUGUCGUCUCCACUAUAG